AUGAGACCGCUACAGCUCCCGCCACUCGACACCAACCUCUCGACGUCCUCGCUCGCGACCACGCCGUCCGCCUCGAGCCCGCCCUCGUCCACCGCCGCGCCCCUCCUCCCCCGGUCCACUUCGCCGCCUUCCUCGUCCGACCGCCCGAGGCGCCGCCGCGUCUCGUUCUGCCCGCUCGCCCUCCUCAUUGACGUCGCCGCAGAGGGUGAGCCCGAACCCGCACUCGUCAAGGCCGCCCAGGAGCAGCUCGGCAAGCGCAAGGUGGCCCUCCACGCCUACAGCUUCGAAGCCCCUCAAAUCGGCGACGUCGCGGGCAAGGCGUGGCACAGCGUCCUCAACGGCUUCACGGCGUCGCUCGAGCCGUUCCUCAGCGGCGGCGGCGGCGGCGGCGGCAGUGCGUGCAGCCGAUCCGGUGGCAGGGCACGCGAGCACUCGCCCGAGCGACUGAGCGGGAGCGGCGGCGGCAGGCGCAGGGCCUCGUCGCUCGGGUCGCUCCGCUCGGCCUCGCCCGGACGAUCUUCCACCGCCGACGACUGCGACGACCCGUUCUUCACGCCCAACCCGACGACGCGCCUCACCGUCAAGCUCCCCGCCCUGCGCCGACAAUGUCUGCGCUCCCUGUCGACCUCGCCCACCCGCUCGAUCCUGCGCCGGUGCGCCGCCAACAUCUCGCUCGACGCGGCAUGUCGCUCGCCGAGCCACCCACCAGCCCUCGUCGACGACCCGUCCGCACCCUUCCCUCCCUUGUCGCCCACCAGCUCGGCCCCGCCGCCCAUCGCCUCGACGCACGCCGACGACCCGGCGUCGCACUCGGCGCUCGUGCCCCUCGCCCCCUGCUGCGCGUCGUGCGAGCGCGCGACGCACUACGGCCUCCUGCCCGACGGCACGGGCACACCGUACGGCGCGACGUACCGCGAGCGGUGGUCGGCGGGCGCCAAGAAGAAGCGCGCCGAGGAGCGCAAGGAGCGCGAGGCGCGCGAGAAGAACGCGGGCGAGGCGCCCGAGGCGGCGGCGAGUGCGGCGGCGGCGACGACGGCCGACAAGCUCGCCGCUGCGGUGGCGCGACGAGCGGCGGACAAGGGCGCGAGGGACGAGAGCGAGGAGGAGAAGGAGGCUGAGGAGGCCGAGGAGGAGGCGAGGGCGAGCAGGCUGGGCCAGCUGGCGGCGAAGGGCGGGGUCGACGAGCUCGCGCGCGAGCGAGGACGGCGAGGGACGCCUGAUACGCCCGCUCGAGGCGGCGAGGGCGGCGAGGUCGACCAGGACUCGGAGCCGGCUACGCCUGUCGAGCCGCGCGAGCGCGAGACGACGACGGGCCCGGGCGCAGCCGACGAGCCGCCGCGGGCACUCGACGAUGUUCAGCGUCUUCCGACGGCUGCCGACUCGGUCAAGGCGCCAGAGCCUGCGCCGUCCUCGUCGGCGGGCGAGCCGCCUCGAGACGCUCCCCUCGCCCUCGCCUGUCCCCCGUCCCGCCCUCCCCUCGACUCGACCGCGUCUGCGCCUGCCGCCCUCCCCACCCACGACGACGCUCCCGCCCUCCCCGUCCUCUCGCGCACGACGAGCCCGGCAACAACGGGCUCGAGCGCCCCUGUCGCCGCCGGCGCCGACUGUGCGCCCGUGCGGCCGACCAACAAGCGCCGGCUGUCGACAGCGACAGCGUCGCUGUCGCGGUUCGCGGCUGCAUUCGGGCAAGGCUUGCUGCACAACUCGUCGAGUGCGGGUGCGGCCGGGGGAGCGGGCGUGAGGGCGUGA